AUGAAUAUGUUGGAUGAUGAAGAUGACCAAAGCUUUCACGCUACGCGUGACGGCUACUCCCAUUUGAGCGAUGUCGAAUGGGAUGCGGUUGAACGAAUGGGUUCGACCAUGGGCAUCCAUGCUGUUAGCGUCAUGCUAGAGGCUCUCAAUAGAGAUGCCCAACAUGCUACUAUCGCCAAGUUCAUUCAAAAUGAACUUGACGCAGAACGCGAGAAAGUAGCCUUGCUUCACCAACAAGGUUCUCAACAAGCAGAGUUGUUGAGAGAACAAGGUGCUCAACAGUUUGAACUGUUGAGACAGCAGCAGGCUGCUGCUGGCGGGUCGAUGCACUCGCGUCGACCCGAGACUUUGAAGAUUGACAUCUCAAAGUAUAGAGGGGUCGAAGAAGACUCCCUCUUGAGAUGGUUCGUCGAAUUGGAUGACGCCAUAAGGGCGCGUCGCAUCGACGACGGGGAUAUGCAAGUUGCAUUUGCCCAAUCAAAUCUGGCAGGACGUGCCAAGACUUGGGCACUGGGGCUCAAGCUGCACGACCCAUAUGCGUUUGGGUCGUUGGAAGUCUUCAAGUCGCGGCUCAGACAAACGUUUGAACCGCCUAGAGCUGAGUUCAGGGCUCGAACCGAACUCUUGAAGCUCAAGCAGGGUAAGCGUGAUGUGCACGCUUACGCUCAACACAUACGACAUCUUACGAGUUGUAUAAGUUCCAAUCCAGUGGAUGAACACACGUUGGUUUCGGUGUUCAUGCAGGGUCUUGCGGAUGGUCCCGUCAAGACUCACCUGUUCCGGCUUGAACUAGAUUCACUAGAACAAGCCAUUUCCAUUGCGGAGCAGGAAGACUUCAGUCUGAGACAGGCUCGCGCCAGCUCGACAUCAUAUCGUCAACCGAGACGAUAUGACAACGGAGGUUCAGAGCCGAUGGAACUCUGUUAUGUAGAGAGCGAGAAGGUUCGCUCUACAGGCUACAAGAAGUUGCAGAGAUGCAACAGAUGUCAGAAGACAGGACACUACGCUUACGAGUGUAGUGCCCCUCGUCCAGUGUCUCGCGACACUGGGCGUAGUGACCGUCCACCCAUGAGAAAGGGGCAGGGACGAGGGUCCGCAGUUGGUGCAAAGACGCAACAACGGGAUGGACCGUCAAAAAACGGACAGGAUCAGUAG